AUGCAAUAAUUAGGUAAAGAGCUGAAUGGUUUGAUUACUAAAGCUAUCCAAUUCAAUACUAAAUUGGAUCCUUUCACAACGAAUGAACUAUUUUUAAAGUGGAAAAAUAUAAGCAAUGGAGAAAUUGACAACAUCAAUUAAUUUAUAAAUAUUGGAAUUGACAUUGUGAAAUUGUAGAAUCGAUAUUCAAGAAGUAUAAAAAAAUCUUAUUCAUUACUAAAUGAAUAUAUAGAUAAGUAUUAAAAAGAUCUUGAGAAUCAAACUUGCAUAAAUUAUUUAAGUUUGGCAAGAUCGACUCAUCUUAAUGAUCAAAAAAGUUUAUAAAUCAUUUAUGAUCAAAUAAAGGUAGAUUCUUAAGUAGAAUUUUCACUUUUAAAAUAUUGUGCUGAUUUAUAAUGCAACGAUAUGCAACUGGUAUCAUAAUUGAUUGAUCAUUUACAUUAUAAAAUAGAUGCAAGUUUAUUGAACUAAUAUUUAUAUUGUUUAUUUGUGUUAUUUCCGCAUGAUUAAAGUUCAUUACUUAUUAAUUUGAUUAAAGAUAUGAAUGUUAUAGAAUUAACACCAUCUAAUUUUGUGUUACUUUCUGAAUUAUAUCAAAAUAAGAACUUUGAGAUUCCAGAGAUUUGGAAAAUAGGAAAUUAAGACUCUUCAUUAUAGAAAACUAAAUAAUCACAUUUACAAAAAGAAAUAUAAUUGUUUUUGAAUAUGGUGAAUCUGCCAUAUGAAUAGGAGAAACUUAUAGAUGAUCUUUAUUAAAUAGAUUUUUUUUUGCCAUAAUUUAAUUAGAUUUUAGAAGUUAAUGGACCUCAGCAUUAUGUAUAUGAUUUAGAAUAAAAUAAUUGUAUUUGAAAUUAAAUUUAAGCUUUUAGCUAAAAUUUUUACAGGGAAACAUUAUUAUAAAUAGAUUUGUCUAUCAGCUUUAGGAUAUGAUGUGAGGAAUUUGUGUUUUUUGGAUUUUUAUAAGGCAAGAGGAGUAACAGCUAAAUUGAUAUACUUGAAAUCUUUAUUAGAAUGA